CAGCAACCAAUACGAGAGAACAUAAAGAGAGAUCCAUUGAGAAACUCGGGACGAGAUAACAAAGAUGCCCUCUGGUGCACUUAUUGCAAGAAACCACGACAUACUAAACAAAAUUAUUGGAAGUUGAAUGGUAAACCACCAAGCAAAGAAUGGGGUUAUCAAGGAGGAUCACAGAGGAAUCCAAACCAGGCCUACUUCACCACGACUCAACCCACAAAUCAGCAACAUCAAGAAAAUUCCCAAAAUCUGGUUGAGCUCAAUAAGGAAGAGAUUGAGAAAUUCAGGGGACUUUUGGGAUCAUUUGAGAAGCCUAUUGGUGCAUGUUCUCUUGCACUCUCAGGACCAGGAUUCGGGGAAGAGGACUGCACUUGCUAGGGAGAAGGACGGGCUCUACUAUCGUGAGGAAUCAGGCAUAUCAAAUAUUGUCAGGAAUAAAUUAUCUCUAUCACUGUUAUCAUCAUCCAAUAGAGACACCAUUUGGCUUCAUCAUUUUAGACUAGGGCAUCCAUCAUUUGGAGUUUUAAAAACUAUGUUUCUUCAUUGUUUAAAGGGCUGA